GCAGCAGCAGCCGCGCAUGCGCAGCGUCGCUCCAUCAUCUCCAGUAUUCCAGUGGAAGCAGCAGCAGCAGCAGAGCUAAUGGGAACCAUGGGAAUAGCACGACCCAGCAGAGUUCAGGAACCAAUAUGCUGAACAGACUCUACGUGUCCCAUUGAGGCACCGUUUUCUGGCCGCUGAAUAAUAAGUGCUGAAACAUUAAUAAUAAAGGACUUUCCUUGGAAAGCACAGAUCACGUCCCCCCUUGUGACCCCUCCCCUCCCCCUUCCCCCUGUCUGCCGGGAUAUGGCUGCGAAUGACAACGUUCAGUAAUGGAGGUCCACGCGGCGUUGAGCAGUGUAGCCAUGAAGCAGCUGGCAGGGUAGGGUCUGCCGUGAGCUCGCCUCACCCGGCCCGCCGGCCCCAGCAGAGAGCAGAGUCCCACGUGGAAGCGUAAUCUCACGGCCCCGCCCGUCUCCUCGGCCCUCCCGACGACCCCCACGCACACCCACCACAGCUUCAGCUUCGGAGAGACGGAACAUGACGCGCAUGGCAAGGACGCUGGUUGAUGUCUGAUAAAAGAACCUCUGAGGUGUCGCGCGCAAAACCGGUGGAGCAAUGAAUGGCGGAAAGGACUAUGAGGCGGGAGACGAGAGGCAGGCCGUCCCUGUCCAGGUCCCCAUUGGCUGGCAGCGCAGGCCGGAGCACGGCGGAGGUGUGGCCUACGUGAGUCCCAGCGGCUCGGUGCUGUCCAGCUUCGAGCAGGUGAAGACCUACCUGCUGACAGAUGGAACCUGCAAAUGUGGCCUGGAGUGCCCGCUCAUCCUCCACAAGGUGUUUAACUUCGACCCAGGGGCGGCUGUCAAGCAGAGGACAGCUGACGACGUGAAAGCAGAUGAAGACGUGACCAAACUCUGCAUUCACAAGAGGAAGCUUCUGGCUGUGGCCACGCUGCACAAGAGUAUGGAGACGCACCCACCGCGGACACGAACCAGUCCUGCAGGAGGUACAUCAUCUGUGGUUGCUGUGCAUUCCACAAGUCAACGAGCAAUAAGGAGUAAACCCCACGACUGCCUGCCAAAUGCUGUUGGACCCGACUGCAAGAAUCCUCUCAAGAUGUCAGCUGGACAUCAGCAGCAGCAGAGGCUGUACUCGCCCCAUGAGGGUGGUGGACCGCAGCACCCUGAGCUGUACUCUGGAUACUCCAGGAUACAGAGACUGGGCAGUGGGGAACACGGCCCCAAGUCCCCUUACCGGGCCGGGUAUGGUGGCAUGUUGAGCCCACCUCCCUCCAGUGCUAAACUGUAUGGAGAUGGCGCUCAGUCUCCCAGUGUGGACACUUUGGGUAGUCCCGACGGUUUUCCCAGGACCAAUCCUUGCGGGUUUCCAGGAGCCGGCAGUCCCGGCUCAGUCUCCAUCCUCGGGAACUCAAGGACGCCUCUUUCUCCACCCAGUGUGAUGCUCCACGGCUCUCCUGCAGGCCAGCUGUCCUGUGCGAUGACAGGAAGGACUAGCACACCCCUCUCCCCUACGGCCACUGCCAAAAGCCCUGUCAUGAACAUGAACAUGCCUCGGGGGAACUUUCCCCCUGGUAUGGAUAUGCCUCGUGCAGCAUUUCACCAUAAAUCGCAGCCCCCUGUGCAUCCCGUCACACAUCCUUCAUCCAUACCACCGCCACCCUGUGCCCUUCAGAAAAGGCAAAUGUCUUCUGAAAAGGACCCCUUAGGUAUUCUUGACCCCAUUCCCAGCAAGCUCCACACCAACGCCCCCAACCCUUCCAACUUCCAGCCUAACAUCCACUCUCAGGUACCAAUGAUGAAUGUAAACAUCCCCCCUCCCGCCAUUGUCCCUUUGCCAAGCAACUUACCUUUACCCACAGUGAAGCCCGGGCCUGUGGGGCACGGUGGCCAUGUGCAAAGGACUCAACAGGGUGGCCCGACUUCCUCAAUGUCGCCCUCUCCCGUCACGUCCCCCGUACACAUGACCGGACCCGCCCUGGGGAGGAUGGAGGCCUCACCGCAUCGCUCUCGAUCGUCCUCCACCUCCUCCGACCAUGGAAACUUUGCAAUGCCCUCUGGGCACCAGGGCCCAUGUGGCGCCAUGAAGGUUCCCCCUCGUUCCCCCAGGUCAGCAAUGGGGUCCCCUCGACCGGCCAUGCCCUCAAGCCCCUCCACCAUUAAAACUGACCCACACCACCCAUACAAAGACGCCCAGCUGCUGCCAGGGAUGGCAAACUCCAUCGGCACCCAUCAGCACAACAACCCCAUGUAUUCACCCACUUCUUCCACUUCAUCCUCCUCUUCUCUGGCAACCCCCAGCGCUUCCCAGAAGGGCCACCCCGGACUCCUUGGGAUGCCCCUCAACCAUAUCCUCAACCAACAGAACGCCGCGUCCUUCCCUGCCAGCAGCCUCCUCUCAGCCGCAGCCAAAGCACAGCUAGCAAAUCAAAACAAACUCAGCGCUGGUGGCAACAGCACCGCUGGCAUGGCUGGUAGCAGUGUGGGUAUGGGUGGCGGCGGUAGCGGAGGGGGUGGUGGGCACCCCGGCUCAAUGAGCGGCCCUCAAAGCAUGGAGGGACACAGCACUUUAAACCCCAUGCUCCCGCCAAACUCCACCAUGCUGCUCAACACUCCCGAGGGCCAGAGCGGCCGGGCAGCUCUUAGAGACAAACUCAUGGCCCAGCAGAGGGAUCCCACGCGCAAACGGAAGCAGUCGUCUGGCGGCGCCGUCAACCACGACAAUGGCAACAACAUGGCCUACAGCAUGCUUAACAAAACAGGCAUGGGGGGAUCCCACAUAGCCGGGCCCAGUGCCACUGAGCAGCUGCGGAAGGUUAGCCGAAUAGGAAACCUACACCCAAACACCUCCAUGGCACAGCUGCUCCAGUCCAUGAGCAGCCAGAGUUUGCACAACCUGGCUGGGAACAGCCAUCGCCCGGGUCUUAACCCCGGCCCCGGGUCUGGUGCUCAAGGAGCAGCGCAACUUCACUACAGCAGCAGCGCGGGGAUGGUUGCCGGUGGUCCUCAGCAGAAUCUCCUGGUCCAGCAGAGGCUGCGGUGUCCGGGAGACGCCAUGCAGCACUGCCAGAGCAUGGACUCCUCUGGGGGCCACCUGGUCUCUCGUCCAGGCCACUUCCCUGACAUGAUGGCUCAUGUUUCCUCCAUGAGUAACUGCGGGCCCAUGGGGCCUGAGGGCAUGGCGUUGGUACGGGCCAAAACUAACCCCCCACCACUGUCCCAUCCCAGUCCACAUCCCUCACAUCUCCAAGGGAUGGGCCGGACUAACAUGGUGGUGUCACAUGGAGGCGGGGAUGGAGGCUGCAUCCAGACCAUCUCAGAUACAGGAACCCCCUCGUCUCUGGCCGUCCUGCAGCCUCACGCCAAGGCCGGAGGUCCGCUGUACCAGCAGCAGGUCCACCAGGGCCUCUCCCACCCGGCCUACCAGGGCCAGCAGCACUUCCCAGACAACCCGUCCUACGCUGAGGGCAACAGCGCCAGUGCGGGCUCCAUGGCCUGCCUCUACCAGAACUACCAGCAGGGGAUGUUGCAGCACCCAGCGUUUGGGGAGGACCACCAGCCCCCUGGUGAGGGUCUUCCAGUGGGUCCAGCGGGCCCGGACAGGGCCACUGGGGGAGGCCCCGAGGUGGUGGAUGCCAUCUACCGGGCCGUGGUGGACGCCGCCAGCAAGGGCAUGCACGUGACCAUCACCACCACGGUGAGCGGCACCACGCAGGCCAGCCCGGUGCCCGCCCUCAGCGCCAUGAGUGCCUUCACCGCCUCCAUCGGGGAGCCCGUCAGCCUCCCCCAGGCCGUCAGCGCCGUCCUGCACGGCCACCCGGACGGGGAGAUGCUCCCCAAGCAGGCCCGGCCCCGGCUGGUGAGGCCGGGCCGGGGCCACAAGAACAUGGAUCCGGGGAAAAGGACUCCGGACGGCCCCGAGGUCGGCGACUACUUCCGGUCCCCGGGCCGCGGCACCCCCCGAGGGCAGUGGGACGGGGAGCAGCACGGCGGGGGCUUCGACGGCCACAGCAGCAGCACCUGGGGAGGGGAGGAGUUUCUGGAGUGCUCCACGCAGGUGAGGAGUAGUCCCUGCAUAGAGCGGCCCGCCAGCCUGGCCCCCGCCCCGCCCUGCCCCUCAGGGGGGGCCGGAGACCACGGCCUGGCCCUGGCCCCCGACAAGGCCUUCCUGGAGGACGGGUACCGCUUCAACUGCAUCCGGGCCCCGGCCAACUUCAAGGAGCACCUGGAGCAGACGGUGGAGCGCUGCGCCCACAUCAACGGCUCCACGCCUCACUACAGCAGCCGGGGCUACGGGGAGGUGCUGGGGCCCCCCCGGCAGGAGCUGACGGGGGACGACCAGUCCCCCAGCUCCUCCACCAGCCUGGAGGGCCCGCUGGCCACGGCCAAGGACUACAGCCACUACAACGGCCACUUCAACGGCAUGGCGCCCAGCCCCUCGGACACCAAGAGCCUGAGCAGCGAGGAAGACCUGCGGCAGCCCGACUCCCCCUCGUCGGAGCUGCUGCACUACCGCUCCAGAACCUUCAACAUGGGAGACCUGGUCUGGGGCCAGCUCAAGGGCUUCCCGUCCUGGCCCGCCAAGCUGGCCGGGGAGGAGCAGCUGCACAGCGCCGCCAUGCCGCUGCGAGACCAGGCCAAGGUGGAGCCGGAGAAGCUAAAAACACUAACUCACGACUUGGAGGCGCUGGACCGAGCCGCCAAACGAGGCCUCAAACCGGGGAAACUCAAUAAUCACUUGGAAGCUGCUAUCCACGAGGCCAUGAGUGAACUCGAUAAGAUGUCGGGAACAGUGAAGCUCCCCAAGCCCAAGAGGAGGAAGAUCUCCAGAUAACAGUGAAUGUGUCGUCUCAAGAACGUCCUCAAAGCCUUCAGAGACUUGGUCUGUUCAGCCUUGAAGCGAUCUGAGCUCUCUCCCAGGUGCUACACACGGACUCUCAGUGGUACUUCAUCCUUGAUGACAACCUGACUUCAUGACUGACCACGGAAGGUGCUGGAAAAUCCAAUCACCAAUACAGUUUUAACUGUAGGAAGAAAAAAACCAACAAAAAAAACAAGAGAAACGGUUGCAAUUUGUCUACAGCUCACUGAAUUUAUUUUUUUCUAGUAUAAGAUAGUAAAAUAAACAAAAAAAGCUGCAAGCAUUACCUUACAUAUUUAAGAAAAAUAGACAGUCCAAAUAUUUCUGAUACAUUUUCAAUAUGUAUAUAGAUAAUCCUGAAAUUUCAUGCUAUUCAGAAUUGUAUGUAAAUAUUGUACAAUGUCAUGUACAAGCGUACCUAAUGCACAUUUUAUCUUUUAUUGUACAAAAACAAAGCAGAGGAAGCGUACCAAUGUCUUGGUUUCUAUUCAGAAGUGCGGUUGCGUUUGGGCCGCAUGCGUAGGACGAAUAAGAUACAGCCUAAAGCUUUUAUAUGACCAACCGGAGUCGUGCCGUUUUUCCUUCCUUGGUUCCGUACGGGGCCGGCGACGGGCCGGCGCGGGUCCUCACUCCUCCGUUACCGUGGCAACGUCACACCGGUCCGGCGUUUCUUUACGAAAACCCAAACCAGAAUGAACUUUACCAGCAGAAAGAGUUCAGCGCGACAAAGGUCGGGGGUCGUCACCGGGCCGGCGGAGGGAAAAGUCCAGCCCGUUUGUAGUUUUCACUCCUCAGGUACGUUCCAGGCCGCCGGGAGAACCAGUCUGGUUCUGCUACACAUGGUACCGAACACCCCGCACCAUUUAAAGUCUCUGUCCAGAGGCCGAUUCUUCUGGUACCACCUCCUGUCCAGUCUGGAGGAAACGGAGCAGUUCAGGGCCAGAACGGUCCGUGGACUUCACCAUCCGGUUUUUGUUUUGAAAUGACAAAAUAAAAAUAGAGAAAUAAUCCAAAAUAAUCCGU